UUUUACUGUAUCUGCCGCUUGUCCUCAUUGUAGUUUUCAAUUGUUUUGCUAUUUAUAUGAUAAACCAAUAAAUUCACGUUAAAAAUAAUAUAUUCAAUAUUACAUUAAAGUGUUAGUACAAAAAGUGUCACAUAUACAUUAGAAAAAAUAUAGACAUGGUGAAACUUACGCCGGAGCUUGUUAAUCAGUCAAUGCAAUAUAUAAAUCCAUGCCGGGAGCGAGAACUGGAUUUGCGCGGUUACAAAAUUCCACAGAUAGAAAAUUUAGGAGCCACAUUAGAUCAAUUUGAUACGAUAGAUCUUUCCGACAAUGAUUUGCGUAAAUUGGAUGGCAUACCGUUUUUGCCUCGUCUGAAAUGCCUGCUACUCAAUAACAAUCGUAUCCUGCGUAUUGGUGAUGGCUUACACGAAGCAGUACCCAAUUUAAGUUCAAUUAUCUUAACUGGGAAUAAUCUGCAAGAAUUAAGUGAUCUGGAACCACUUGCUUUGCUACCUCGUCUCGAAACACUUUGCUUACUUGUAAAUCCUGUUUCAACAAAACCCUAUUACCGCGAGUACAUGGCUUUCAAGUUUCCUCAAUUGCGUUUACUAGAUUUUAGGAAAAUCAAACGGAAGGACCGUAUUGAAGCUCAAGAAUAUUUCCGAACAAAACAAGGUAAAGAUAUGCUGAAGGAAGUGGCAAAGAAAUCGAAAUUAAAUGCCUCAGCCGCAGCUGCUGAAGCCGGUGGUAAAUCUGGAGUAAAUGUAGCAGCAAGAACUGCCAAUCCUGAAGACUUGCAACGUAUAAGAGAUGCGAUAAAGCGCGCAAACUCACUACAAGAGGUGGAACGGCUAUCUCGUAUACUUCAAAGUGGACAACUGCCCGAAAACUUUGAACUGGAAUUGACUCAAAACGGUGCGACGCUAAAUGGUAAUGCGAUUGGCGGUAGUAGUAGUGUUGAAACUAUGGAUUAUUAAGUUAAGCCUUGCUUAUAGUUGAUUUAAAAUGAAUUUUUCUUUACAAUUUUAUGAAGAUUUGUAAUAAAAAAUGAAUUAAAGACAAAAACAAGUUUUAAGAACUAACGGCAAUUAAACGUUUAUUUUUUCAUAGAAAAAUUUAAACACGUACGAUAGUGGUACAUUUAUGCAGCACAUCUAAAGACAAAAUGCUGAGAAAUGCAGAAACGUGUGAGGAACGAACCUCAGUGUAUAAUUAAUUACGUUUGUCGUAAAUUUUCUAAUUGUAUUAACUAAUAGUUUUAAAAUUAUGAUGGUCGAAAGCUAUACAUUUAACUGUAAGGAACUGCUUAGAUAGUUGGAGACAAAUCGGUCACCUUUUGACAUUUGCUGAACCAUUUCGCCCGGGGACCACUGGCUUUUAACAUAUUGCAUUCAUAAUGGGAUAAAAUUUUAAUAGAUAUUUUCGAUAGAUAUUUUGUUGAUGUGCUUAAGUCUGUGUUGUUUUGGUUUAAAACAAAUCUGCAAUCCUUAACUUUGGGAACUGCUUUAUGACAGCUCCUUCUCAGCCAUUAUAGUAUCAUAAUGCAGUCCAGUAUAGAAAAUUAUCCACGUCACAAGAAAA